AUGCUUGAUAUCGCUGAUUUCGUCAGUGACCGUGGUGGAAACCCAAACAAGGUCAAGGAGAGUCAGCGGAAACGAUUCGCUCCAGAGAGUGUCGUCGAUGAAAUUCUUACACUAUAUGAGGAAGCCCGCCGAGCACGGUACGAGGUCAUGCAGAUAGGCUCUCAGCUCAACGGACUUCAAAAAGAAAUUGGAAAGAAAAAAAAGAACAAGGAAGAUGCAAGUUCCCUUCUUGAAGAGAAAGCUGCGCUUGAACAACGCAAGAAAGAUGCCGAAGACCUAGCUCUUCAAAAGGAAAAGCAAAGAGACAGCAAACUUCGAACAAUUGGUAAUUAUGUGCAUGACUCGGUCCCUGUGAGCAAUAACGAAGUAGGUGUCUAUCGCUCACCAAAAUAUUCGUUUGGGAAAGGAGCUGACAUGCACCAUAAGGACGAUAAUGUAGUGGUUAAGACAUGGGUACCCGAGAAUGUCACUGUCGAGAAGCGCGAUUGCCUUUCUCAUCAUGAAGUUCUCACUCGCCUUGACGGCUACGACCCCGAACGUGGUGUUAAGAUUGUCGGCCACCGUGGAUACUGCUUGACUGGUUAUGGGCUUUUCUUGAAUCUUGCGCUAAUCAACUACGGCCUGGAAUUCCUUUGGGGAAAGGGUUACAAGCCGAACCAGCCGCCUCAAUUCAUGUUGAAGGACAUGAUGGCAAAAACAGCCCAGCUUGAGCAAUUUGACGAGGAAUUAUAUAAGGUAACAGAAAGUGAGGACAAGUCUACAGACAAAUACCUCAUCGCCACUUCAGAACAACCGUUGUCGGCUUUGCAUGAUGGUGAAUGGCUCCAGGACAAGGAUCUCCCAAUCAAGUAUGCUGGAUAUAGCACGUGCUACCGCAAAGAAGCAGGAGCUCAUGGUAAAGACGCUUGGGGCAUUUUCCGCGUCCAUCAAUUUGAGAAAAUCGAGCAAUUCGUCCUUACCAAACCUGAACAAUCAUGGGAAGCUUUUGAGGAGAUGAUGGCUACUUCGGAAGAGUUCUACAAAUCUCUUGGACUUCCCUAUCAAAUAGUUACCAUCGUGUCUGGAGCCUUAAACAAUGCGGCGUCUAAGAAAUACGACCUUGAAGCUUGGUUCCCAUUUCAAGGAGAGUACAAGGAGCUGGUUUCUUGCUCUAACUGCACAGAUUAUCAAGCCCGGGCUUUGGAAAUUCGGUAUGGUACUAAGAAAGCAACAGAUGUCAAGAAGUCGUAUGUUCAUGCUUUGAAUGCCACCCUGUGUGCUACUGAGCGGACGCUUUGCUGUAUUCUUGAGAAUUAUCAAAAGGAGGAUGGAUUUAUUGUGCCAGAGCCCCUUCGGAAAUACAUCCCAGGUGCCCCAGAGUUUCUCCCUUAUACUAAGGAACUCCCGAAGGAUAGCACUUCUCAGAAAGCCAAGGGCAAGCAGAGCUCUAAGGCAGCAAGUGGUGCGGAAGAAGCCACAAGGAAGAUCCAGGAUUUACGGGUGUGA